CAGGACCCUGCAUUCACUAUAUCUGGUCUCCCAGGAUCCUGCAUUCCCUAUAUCCGGUCUCCCCGGACCCUGCAUUCACUAGAUCUGGUCUCCCCAGACCCUGCAUUCACUAGAUCUGAUCUGGUCUCCCAAGACCCUGCAUUCACUAGAUCUGGUCUCCCCAGACCCUGCAUUCACUAUAUCUGGUCUCCCAAGACCCUGCAUUCACUAGAUCUGGUCUCCCCAGACCCUGCAUUCACUAUAUCUGGUCUCCCCAGACCCUGCAUUCGCUAUAUCCGCUCUCCCUGGACCCUGCAUUCACUAUAUCCGCUCUUCCUGGAUUCUGCAUUCCCUAUAUCCGGUCUCCCCAGACCCUGCAUUCACUAUAUCUGGUCUCCCCAGACCCUGCAUUCACUAUAUCUGGUCUCCCCAGACCCUGCAUUCACUAGAUCUGGUCUC